AUGUCACAGCUUGAUUCUGAAGCGUCUUCUGUACCUGCAGAUGAUAGUUCAGUUCCAGAUUCGAGUUUAGUAGCACAAAAUAUUCCUCGUAGACGUACUCAUCGACGAUCGUCUGCAGUUUCAUUGGAUUGGAGUUCUAUAGGGCUUGCUUCUGAUUUGAAUGGUGCACCACAGACUGAUCCCCUAGUGAAUACAGGGGAUGUUUGUUCUGUGAGUGAUAGUCUUGGUAAGCAAGGAUUGGGUAACGAUAAAGAGAAGGAUAAUGAGAGUCAUUCUGCUGUGUUUUUGAAUAGUAAAAAUUCGACAAAGAAGCAUCCAAAAUUUCACAGUCGUUUUUUGGUAGAGUCUAUUUCAUCAUUGGCACAUUUAUAUUUUGGAGGAUUAUGUAAAAAGAAAGCAUCUAAAAGCACAGUGCCUGUUGCACCAACUACAAAAGAAUAUGCCCCGUUGCAGGCUUCGUGUUCAAUGGCUUGGGAGCCAUUGAUUGAUUUGGAUGCAGCUAUUUUGACAGAAAAGAGUGAUUCCACAGUUUUUGGAACACCAAGAUGGCAUCGACGUGCACGUAGUGUGUCUUCUGUAUUUUCGUCAUAUACACGUGCUUCUGGAAAUUCUCUUCAUAGUUCUUGUUACCGUCAUGGUUACCCUCUUAAGCGAAAAAUGAGUGUGAUCAUUGAAGAUACUGACAUGACGUUAACUCAAAUUCCUUCAUCUUCGAGAAGUGUUUCUAGCGGUAUAUUAGAGAGCAAGAGAACUAUUCUACGGUCUAUAGGAGAUAGUACAACGACGGACAAUGAUUUAUCUGUCUCCCAAAAGGCUAAUAUUACUUCUGAUAACUCAGUCCCUGAUUUAGUGCAGGGUGAUCUGCCUCAGGGAGACAUGAGUGAUGCUUUUCUUUUUAUAGGCGAUAGUAAUACUUUAAAGCCACCUGAUAAUAUUACAGGGAACGAUGAACAAAGCUUUGUUAAAAAUACAAAGAUGAAAUCUCGCUGGCGUCAAUUACUGAAGCGUCUCUUGACUCGAAAAAAUAGUUAA